CGCCACCUUUCCGCCGUAUCCUCUCUCCACCACUCUCACACUAGAGGAAGUGUGUGUGUGUGUGUGUGUUUGUGCGUGAUGCGAGCGUCUCUACAGGACACACACACUUGCACCGGUGUGGAGAAACAGGAUAGGUAAAUGGAUCCAAUGGAGCCCAUUAAGAGCUGCUCAAUGUCAGAAGGACCUACUGGAGUUCUGGGGCUCCACAAACCACCAGCUCUGCUUGGAAACCCCUGCAACUGGCCCACAUCUUUAUACUGCCAGUUGGGCAUGACUGGAAACUCUCUACAAGCUCAGGCAUUGCAGCCAAACCCAGCUGUUCAGGAGAGAGGAGGAGCGGACUCGGGCACGCAGGCCGCUAAUUGCGUCAGCAUCAGUCGACCCAGGCCAACGGCGUUGGGGUCCAAGGCAGCAAUCAAAGUCUCAAGACCUUCUGAGACCAACUUCCUGUCAAACUCCUCAACGGAGUCACCAUUGCCUUACUACAGCCCCCAAAACCCACAGUUCAGUCCCACCUCUCAACUCAGCCUCAACCAUCCAUCAAUCCCUCCAACGCUCCCAAGCCGUCCAUCACAGCCCAUCCGUGUUAACACACACAAUAACCAUAUCGCCAGGCCAACCCCAAACCGAAGCCUGCCAUCGAAACCCAUUCCUCAACCAAUCCAAAGCCCAGAAACACAGACACACAACACAGGAGACACUGACAAUAAGCUGAACAUGACCAUCAGUGAAGAGGGGGAUUUCAGGGUGCAUAUUGUCACAUGGAAUGUAGGCUCCGCUAUGCCUCCUGAUGACAUCACUUCCUUGUUUGGGCCCCAUGUUGAAAAUGGAAGCACUGACAUGGUUGUUAUUGGACUACAGGAAGUGAACUCCAUGAUAAACAAGCGACUCAAAGAUGCUCUCUUUACUGACCAGUGGAGUGAGCUCUGCAUGGACACGCUCAGUCGUUUUGGAUAUGUGUUGGUUGCGUCUCAGAGGAUGCAGGGUGUGUUCUUGCUGGUGUUUUCCAAAUUCUGCCACCUUCCCUUCCUCAGGGGAGUGCAAACCCAAAGCACACGCACCGGCCUGGGAGGCUACUGGGGGAAUAAAGGGGGCGUGAGCGUACGCAUGAUGCUUUUCGGACACCCUGUAUGUUUCCUGAACUGCCACCUGCCAGCUCACAUGCGGAACCUGGAGCAGCGGAUGGAGGACUUUGAAAGCAUCCUGCAACAGCAGCAGUUUGAGGGUGGAGCCGCAGUCGGAGUGCUAGAUCAUGAUGUGUUGUUCUGGUUUGGUGAUCUGAACUUCCGAAUCGAAGGCUAUGAUAUUCAUGUGGUGAAAAGUGCAAUUGAGAAUGACAAACUGCCUCUACUGUGGGAGAAAGAUCAGCUCAACAUGGCCAAAAAAAGUGAAUCUGUGCUGGAGGGAUUUAUGGAGGGACCCCUCCAAUUUUCUCCAACGUACAAGUUUGAUGUGGGAACACACACUUAUGAUACUAGUGCAAAAAAGAGGAAGCCAGCAUGGACAGAUCGCAUCCUGUGGCGUCUGCGCCGGACGGUCUCCCCCGUGCCUUCCCAUAAUUCUGCUCUGCAGCGGGGUCUGACCUCAUGGCUGGGCGGAGCCACCAAAGUCUCCCAGCAGUUCUACCACAGUCACAUGGGCUUUACCAUCAGCGAUCACAAGCCUGUAUCGGCCCUUUUCUCUUUGCAUUUUCCCUUUAAAGUUAACCUGCCAUUAGUAACACUGGAAGUGGAGAAAGAAUGGACUAAAUUCUCUGAUGCUACAGCAAAACUGACGAUGGCAACCAGCUUUCAGAGGAGUUCAUGGGACUGGGUGGGAUUGUACAAGGUGGGAUUUAAGCACCACAAGGAUUAUGCUGUCUAUGUAUGGGCCAAAUCUGAGCAUUCGACACAGGUGACAUUCUCCGAGGAGGAUUUGCCCAGAGACCCGGGGGAAUAUAUUCUAGGAUACUACAGUAACAACAUGAACAGCAUUGUUGGAGUGACUGAACCAUUUCAGGUGCAUCUGCCCAUGUCCACGCCCCCUGCGCCAGCAUGCCGUUCACAUUCGGACAGUUCUGACGUCAGCUCUGAGGACGACAGUACGCUGGUUCUGCUGACCCCCAGCUCUCGCAGCCCCAGUCCAGGCAAACGGCAUCACCACCACCAGAAACGGCAGCGCAGCCGCAGUCCUGCUGUGCCGGUGCUCUCCGCCUCGCCUCUUCCCUCCCUGCAGUCUCUGAGCCUCUGCCCAUGCCCCCGCAACGCCCCCUCCUCCUCAUCCCAACGACCUUCUGCCAAUGCCAAAAAAGAGAGUUUGGUUUCUCCAGACAGAUUAACCUCACCCUCCCUCAGUCCUCUUAGACCACGGAGCCCCGUAUCUCCCGGGAAUGGAGUCAGUGCUCCGGAGGCUCUGAUAGCAGCCAUAUUAGGAGAGCACAGGCUGACUCAGAUAGGCAAAGCAGGGGAUGCCAUUCUUUGACCAGUCCCCCAUCACACCCCUUCCUUUCAAUUAUAGACUGUAAUGCAACUCUAUUUCUGAAAAAUGGUCUCUCUUUUACCGCUUCUACGGACAGUCCUGUAGCUAUCUGUGCUCUCACUGAUGGAUGGUUCAUUUCUAUGUGUAAAUGGCAAAAAUCGAAUCAGUUUAAUACUUUCAUUGUAUACAUAUCAGAGGCUCAGCAGGAGCUUAUCUUGCCUUGCCGCACUUAAUUGCUUAACGAACACUUCCUCAGUUCUCAGUGUAUGCUUCGCCUAUGGAGAUUCAACUGGUCUAACCAUUUUCCUUUAUUUAUUAAUAAUGAUAAAAUUCCUCCUGUCGUAAUCAGGCAUCGCACGAUAAACUAAAGCAAAAAGCAAAUAUCAAGCAUUCAAACGUGGGUUUUAGCUCUAAUAUUUUAAAAACAAUAUGUAAUUAUUUUAGAAUAAUUACGUUUUAAUGUAUUUCUACUGCAGUGUUGGAGAAGCUACUUUGAAACUGUAGCUUUUCAAGAUACAAGCUACUUAUAACUUACAGGAGCUAAACUACAGUCAACAGGAAAAAAAAGUAGCUACAGUACAAAUUACUAACAAAAAGUAGCUAACUACAUUGAAGCCAUUUAAAAAAGAAUUUUUUUUUAAAUAUACUAUAACAGUCAGAUAAUAUUAUUUCAUUCUGCAAUCAGAAGUUCUAAAGUCCUGAUUUAAUUAAAUUGAACAUAUACAGUACAUUUACACUUUGAUUUCUGAGUACUCCGAUUCAAAUAAAUAAGGCUUAGCAUAGAAAUGCAUCUAUUGUUUGACUUAAAACUCUUCAGAGAUGUUUUGUAAGUUCUGUUCUUUGGUUGUGUGCAGCUGUGUUGUUUUCUCUGUUGUUAAUAUCGCUGUGGCGGACCUUUUUUAGAUCAACAAAAUGAGUUUUCGCUUGAACACCCCAUCUCACGAGUGGGGGCUGUAUAAGCUACUGCUCUCUUGCACUCUCAUGAACUAGCACAGGACAGCAACGGUCGGUCAAGAUUUGCACUAAAUAAUACAUCAGAUUUCAGUUUGAUUCUCACCAAACCUUAUCGUAUGCCUUCAGAACAAGGCAUGAGUCGCAUACAAUAAUUUAUUAGACUUCUGAAUUAUACUUUUGCGUCCUUUUGAAACUUGAUGAGGUGGUCACCAUCCACUUCCAUUGUAUGACGUCACUGAGCACACAUUUUUUUCACAAUUUCUCCCUUUGUGUUAAGAAAAAAAAGUAAUAUGGGUUUAUAAGAACACAGGGGUGAGUAAUCAAUGACUGAAUUUUCAUUUUGGGUGAACUAUCCCUUUAAUAUAAAAGGGGCUCAAGAUAAGCAGUGAAUCAUUUAUGUGUACUAGUUCAGAUGCAGUCAGAGUGUCUGGAGUACUGGCCUCACUGGCCCAGUCCAUAAUCCAGCCCUGAACUGUAUAUUAAAAAUAAAAUGUGUUUUAAUUGGCUGUAAUUGUGGCACUUUAUGCAGAAUUUUCAUAUUCAGUGUGGACAGGCAGACUGGAAACUUGUUACGAAUGGUCAGGACACAGAUAUAGUGCAGGGCAACCUGACUCAAGAUAAAACUGUGCUUUAACAGUAGAAUCAAAGCAAACAGUGAUGUCAGCCUUCAUCUCUGCCUUUACCGUGAACUCUGCAAUUGUAGAGGUGUCAUAACAAAUGGGUCCAGUUCUGUGAGUACACGUAUGACAGAGGCGUGUACACAUGCUAUAAGACCACCAUUCCACAGUUUAGAAUAAGUGACUUAUUAACACCCACCAUGCUUUGCUGAAAUAUCUGUCAGUAUCUGCUGAAACAGUGCAAACCUUUGAGAGGAGCAUCUGACUGAGGACAACCAAUCACAUCAGCUCUGCUCAUUUAUGCCAUUUUGUGAUGUUGUUUGAUUUGUGUGAGCCGAGUGAAGCGUGUGUGGUGUGUGCGUGGACAGUUAGUAAACAUAUUAUAAGUGCAAAAAUAAAAAGUACACACCUCAA